AUGAGUAAUACUUCUAGAGUAGUUCUGUUCUCACUGUCUGGCUUCAGUGCCACUGAAAAUCACAAAAUCACACUUUUUUCUCUCAGUUUGCUAUGUUAUUCUGUAAUUGUGUUGGUAAACAUGUGUCUCAUUUUAACAAUAAUCUUUGAUCCAAAUUUACAUGAACCUAUGUAUGUUUUUCUGUGUAAUCUGUGCAUCAAUGGACUUUAUGGGACCGCAUCCUUUUAUCCUAAGUUUGUCUAUGAUCUUCUGUCUGAAAAACAAGUCAUAUCGUAUGCAGGAUGCCUUUUGCAAGUCUUUGUUAUAUACUCUUAUGCAACAAUUGAUUUUUCUGUAUUAGCCCUUAUGGCCUACGACAGAUAUGUGGCCAUUUGUCGACCCUUGGAGUAUCACUCUGUGAUGUCUGUGAGAAGGACCGCUGUGUUAAUUGGUUUUUCCUGGCUUGUACCUCUCUUCUGUGAGGUUAUGGUUAUAGCUUUAACAUCUAGACUGAAAUUAUGUGGCUCUCGCAUAAAUAAGCUCUAUUGUGAGAACUGGUCAAUAGUUAAACUUGCUUGUGGCUCAACGAGAGCAAACGAUAUUGUUGGAUUGAUUAUUAUUGCUUUCUAUUGUGCACAUGCCCUGUUUAUUGCAUGUUCAUAUAUGAGGCUGAUAAAAACAGCCUUAAAAUCCAUAGAGGGAAGGAAAAAGUUUACACAGACAUGUGUGCCACAUUUGUUGUGUCUGCUUAAUGUCACUGCUGCUUUGCUUUUUGAUGUUAUGUAUUCCAGGUAUGGAUCAAGCUCUGUAUCACAGAAUGUAAGGAACUUCAUGGCCAUACAAUUUCUCAUGAUGCCACCUGUUCUCAACCCUAUUAUCUAUGGACUAAUCCUGACUAAAAUUCGUUACAGAAUGGUAACUUUGAUUAUGAUGUCAUGUCAGAGAUUUAAACAGAAGGUUUGA